UUUCGUGACUUCGUGUUCGUGAAUCGUGGGUUCGGUUUUUUAUCUGCCUGUCUCUCUCUCGCUUCCCCUUUGUUUUGGGGUGUGCGUGUGUGUAGAAGAAGAGACUUUCACUACGGUUCAAAGCCCAAGCCACUAGCAGCAGUAACUAACGCUAACGUUAACGUUAGCGCUAACAUUAAUUAAUGCGCUUCGCACGCGUUGUCGUUAUUUCGAACUCUCCUCAAGAGUUGUUUUAAGUUUCUUGUGGAUGCGAUGUGAUGAUGCUUAUGAGUUUGUUUCUGCUCUUCACCACCCCUUCCAGUUUUUCAGUAUUCGAUUCGAUUUUGGUGAAAUCAAUGUGUAGAAAGUGAAGUUACAAUUGCACUCGCCAAUUGACAUUACGCAUUAGCCUAAGAAGAAAGUGAAAAUCAGUUUGUUGCGUGGUCAAACUGGACACGGAUAAUAUUGCCAAAAAAAAGGAGUACGAUAGCGGCACCUGUUUAGCGAUUAAAGCGGUUCGUUGCGGCCGCCGAUGCGUCUAUUAAUCCAAACGGCAACGGCAACGGGCGGCGCUGCUGCAGCUGCUCUACAGUCCCAAUACUCGCAGUCCCAAUACAAUUACAGUAGCAUGCGUGAGGACGACAUUGAGCUGGCCAUUAAGGUGGUCAUUGUGGGCAAUGGCGGCGUUGGCAAAUCCUCGAUGAUCCAGCGCUACUGCAAAGGCAUCUUCACCAAGGACUACAAGAAAACGAUUGGUGUGGACUUCCUCGAGCGACAGAUCGAGAUCGAUGGCGAGGAUGUGCGCAUUAUGCUGUGGGACACGGCGGGUCAGGAGGAGUUCGAUUGCAUCACAAAGGCAUACUAUAGAGGAGCACAGGCCUCAGUGCUGGUGUUUUCUACUACAGAUCGCGCCUCGUUCGAUGCGAUCAAGGAGUGGAAGCGAAAGGUGGAGAACGAAUGCAAUGAGAUACCCACGGUGAUAGUGCAGAACAAGAUCGAUCUGAUCGAGCAGGCGGUGGUCAGUGCCGAUGAGGUGGAAACGCUGGCCAAGAUGCUCAACUGUCGACUGAUACGCACCUCGGUGAAGGAGGACAUCAAUGUGGCGUCUGUGUUUCGGUAUUUGGCCACCAAAUGCCAUCAGCUGAUGACGCAGAGUUACGAUCAGGCGAACAACAGCUGCAGUCAAAACAAUGCCACACAUCCGCCCUUCAGCAGCACGCCCACAAUCAGCGCCUUCAGUCCGACAUUCACCAAGUCCAGCAGCGGCACAAUUGUCCUGCGUCCGGCCAAGAAAGGCAGCGGUUCGAGUGCAGCGCGAAAGCGCAAAAUUGUGCUCAAAAAGUGUGGAAUAUUGUGAGAGAUGAAACUUUCAAGAUAGCGAGAAUAGCGAGCGGGGAGAGAAGUUGAAGGUGAUUGAAGAUUUCAUGUUGGGGAGGGAGAGAUACAAAUGUGUGUAUCUACAGCUGUUGGCAAUUAAUAACUGGAGCAUAUUUAACGCUUAAUAAUCAUAUUUUUUAGAGAGCCCAAAUCAAGUUGUAGCCAUGUGAGCAGCCAAGCGUUGGCUGCAACCACAGAGCAUAGAGCAAACACCAAACAGCACAGCACAGUUUGAGCCACAGCCAUUCACUAGUCAUGCACAGACUCCGCAAUGUUCGCAGUUAUCGCAUGAUGUGUGGAGAGGAUAAUGUUUGGGGGGAGAAUACGGCAAAACUUACUCACUAAUAAACCAGAUAGCGCACAAAAAGCAAACAAAGUUUGUUAGUAACGAACUGCAAAUGCUCUUAUUUGUAACUCAACUAAAACAGUUUUUAAAUUAUUUAUGACACUCCAAAAUUAUACACAAAUUUAUGAAAUAAUUGCCUGUAGUAAAUUAAUUAGUAAAAUAAUAGUGAGGCACAACUUAAGAUAUGCAUAAGAAGUUGUAAUUACUUUUAACGAGUCUAGACUUUGUUGGCACAAAUGGCGUUCCCUAAGAACUGAAACUUUAAACUACACUUUAUCUGACAGUUAAAACUGUAACUGCACUUUAACGAAAUAACUUGAAAAUAGCAUGCAAGGGAAAAGCUUAAGCAAAUGUUGUUUUGUUUUGGAAGGGUAGAUGCAAUCAAUAGAGCAAAAGAAGCAAACAGGCAGAGAGAUGCAUAAAGAUGCAUUCAUUAUUAUUAAUAUUUAUGCAGCUACUCAAAUUUGAGCCUAAUUAGUUAUAGAUAAGCAGAUGUAACCGACUUUUCUAUAACGGAGACUGAUGCGGCAAAACCUCCAUUCGAUAUUGUAUGUGUAAUUACUGUGUUUGUAAGUAUCUAUGUAUGUAUUUAUUAUUUUACUCGUACUAAUCUCUAUUCGUAGCUAAAGCUUUUUUUGGCACGCCAAGGGGGAAGGCGAUGCAGGUGUUUCGUGUGAAAUCCUUUGCCAAUUAGCCUUGGCAAAUGUGCAAUUAAUUUGUUCAACUCAUUUAAUUAUUAGCUAAUUAAGAGGCAUCUCAUCUCAUAGACGAUAUAUGUAUGUUGUAUAUUCGUGUCGUCGUAACCCAGUGUGGUCUAGUGUAAUAUGCAAAUUGUGUGGGGCCCACACACGUGAGAAGUUUCGUCUGCAGCCCAAAUAAAUGCAAAUAUAUAUUGUACUACAACCUAACUAUCUAGCUGUAUGUAAACUAUAUCAAUGUACUCGUAACUAUACACAAUUAUUAUUAUUACCUAAGCCUAUAAUUAUGAAA